AUGGACUCUGACGAAGAGACAUUACUGUUAGUGCUCUUGUUGAAAAUCAUCAAAGAGAAAGAAAAACGACGCCCCCGUAAAAGAGCAACACCGAUGUUCUCGUUAACAUUUAAUUCGGGUUAUUUCCAUAAUCUUUACCCUAGGUUAAAACAAGAUCCAAGCAAUUUUUUUAAUUAUCUAAGAAUGUCUAGAGAGUGUUUCUACGAACUACUUGAAUUAGUUAAAAGUAAAAUUCAGCGGCAAGAAUCUGUUUUCAAGCAUACUAUAUCAGCUGAAGAAAGAUUGGUAAUAACAUUGAGAUACUUAGCCGCUGGUUGCAGUAUGACUGAAUUGCAUCAUUCUUAUCAACAUGGAAUUUCAACUAUUUCUGGAAUUGUAAAAGAUACGUGUCAACAGAUUUACAAAACCCUACGAGAAAUUUGUUUACCCGAACUGAAAAAGGAGGAUUGGUUAAGAAUUGCACACGGUUUUGCAACCAAGGCAAAUUUCCCUAAUUGUUUGGGCGCCAUAGAUGGGAAACAUAUAAGAAUAAUUAAGCCCCCUAAAAGCGGUUCGCUUUAUUACAAUUAUAAAAACUUUUUUUCUAUUGUAUUGUUGGCCAUUUGUGAUUCAAAUUACAAAUUCAUUUUCAUUGAUGUCGGUUCAUAUGGAAAGUCUUCUGAUUCACAAAUAUUUAGAAACAGUGAUUUCUUCGAGAAAUUGCAAGAAAACAGUCUACAUAUACCAAGUCCUAUGGCAAUAACAGAAAAUGGUUCACCACUACCGUUUGUUUUUAUCGGUGAUGAAGCAUUCGGUAUCAGUAAUUUUAUACAACGCCCCUAUAGUGGAAAUUUUUUGAAUCACCAACAAAAAGUUUUUAAUUACCGCUUGUCACGUGCUCGAAGAUACAUAGAGUGUACGUUCGGAAUGAUGACUAAUAAGUGGCGAAUAUUACAUCGACCAAUAAAUGUAGAAAUAUCGUUAGCGACGGAUAUUGUUCAAGCCAUCUGUGUUUUACAUAAUUUCUUACAACGUGAUUGUGAAGAAAUUACUAAUAGUAAUCUCUUAAUUCAAGCCAAUCAAAUAGAUCAGGAGGAUCAAAAUGAACAUAAUUUGUCAGCAACAUCAAUUCGCGAUAAAUUUGCAGAAUACUUUGUUAACGAAGGACAAUUAUCAUGGCAAAAUUACAAAAUUUGACUGAAUAAAUAAUUACCUGCAGAGUUCUUUUCA